AUGGCAGAACCAAUCCAACAAGCACCGGUCGACGUCAAUACGGACACUGAAAGGCUGGACCUCGAGAAUGUGUCGCCACCAAAUGCCCUCACCCCCAACGGCGUCCUGCAAGAUUUGGAUGCCUCACCACCACGUCCCCCGCCCUACCAUGUCUACUCCCGCAACGAAAAAUGGGCCAUGGUCGGCCUCGUCGCCGUCACGGGCCUGUACAGCCCGCUGCCCGCCAACAUCUAUUUUCCCGCCCUGCCGACGCUGGCCAAGGUCUUCCACGUCUCGACCGAAGCCAUGAACCAGACCGUCACCGCCUACCUGCUGAUGCAAGGCGUCUCGCCUAUGCUCUGGGGCACGCUGAGCGACCGCUACGGCCGGCGGCCCGUCUUCUUGGCGUGCCUCACCAUCCUCAUCGCCUCCUGCAUUGGCCUCGCACUGUGCCCGACGUCGGCCUUUUGGCUGCUGAUCGUCCUCCGUCUGCUACAAGCCGCUGGCUGUGCGAGCACCAUUGCCCUCGGCGCCGGCGUCAUUGGCGACAUUUCCACGCCCGAAGAGCGCGGCGGCUACUUUGGGUACUUCAACCUGGGCCCGAUGCUGGCGCCGUGCAUUGGCCCUGCGAUUGGCGGCGUCCUCAGCCAACGGCUGGGCUGGCGGUACAUCUUCUGGUUCUUGGUCGUCAUGGCCGCCGUCUGCCUGUUGUUGGUCAUCCUCUUCCUGCCGGAGACGAUGCGCAGCAUUGCCGGCAACGGUAGUGUGGCCUUGACGGGCGUCUACCGGCCGCUCGUGCCUGUUGUCGGCCGCCAUGGCCAGACGGUGCCCAGAAACCAUCCACCAACGCCGGCCAGCGCCCGUAAAGUGUCGGCCAACCCUUUUGGUAUCUUUCUGUACCCGGACAUCUCCAUGACGCUCUUCUUCACCGGCGUCGUCUACAGCAUCAACUACACCGUGACGGCCACCAUCUCGUCGUCCUUUGCCACCAUCUACCCGUUCCUCGACGAGACCUCCAUCGGCCUGUGCUACCUGGCCACCGGCGGCGGCAUGAUCGUCGGCAGCACGACGACCGGCAAGUUCCUCGACUGGGACUUUGCCCGUGUCAAGAAAACGUUCCCACCGGCAUCGCUGGCCAACCCGGCCGACUUUCCCCGCGAAUACGCCCGGCUGCGCACCAUGCCCAUCCACUUGGUCGUCUUUACGGCCGCCGUCUUUGGUUGGGGCUUCUGCCUCGAGUACCGCGCCCACAUCGCCGUCGCCUUGAUCCUCCAGUUUGUCCUCGGGUGGACCUCCAUCUCCAUCUUGAACACCACCAUGACGCUCAUGAUUGACGUCCUGCAGUCCCGCAGCUCGUCCGCCACCGCCUGCACCAAUCUGGUCCGGUGUCUCCUCGCCACCGUGCUGGUCGCCGUCAUCGACAGGAUGACGACCACGCUCUCGUACCGCUGGACCUAUGUCUUUUGGGGUCUCGUGAGUGCGACCAUGCUUGUGCUCAUGUACGCCGAAAUCAAGAUUGGCAGCAGAUGGCGUCGCGCGCGCGAGAUUGCUGCACAGAAGGAGGUGGAUGGGGAGUAG